AUGGCCUGCGUCCACUUGGACCGAGAAGCUGUUGUCGCGUUUGUCCCUCGUUCUUUUGUUCUGUGCGGAUUUUGUGCAGUUCUAAAGGAAGUUGACACGAUUCCGGACGUUAGGGUGAGCUCGUGUGUUGCCUUCGGCUGCACUAAUCGUGCGAAGCAGAAGCCAGGAAUCACUUUUCACGUGUUUCCGAAAGACAAGACGCUGCGUGACGCAUGGCAGCGUGCUGUUCGGAGGGAUGGCUGGGAGCCUAAGAAUGCGGACGUUCUCUGCUCGGAGCACUUUGAAGCCAACUGCUUUGACAGGACGGGCCAAACGACCAGACUGCGACCAGGGAGCAUUCCUACCAUUUUUCCUGCGUUCCCUGCGCAUCUCCAGAAACCAGCGAAAAGAAAGCGAGAGGCCCCUAAGUGUCGGACUGCGGUGUCACCUGUCGUCAGUGCUGAGGCAGCGGUUGAAAUGCCAUCUGAGCCUUCUUCGCCGGCGAAGGAUUGGUACCGUUCCAAGGCAGAGGAGUCUGCACAAGAGGUUCUCCAACUAAAGAAGAAAGUAGAAAGUAGAGGCGUUAACGGAAAGUAG